UCAUAUUAGGAAAUGAAAUUUCUUGAAUCCCCCCUCAAUCCCUUCAAUCUUAGUUAGUGGAUCGAGUAGGUUCAUAGCAGUACAACAGUACCGUAUGUGAUUCCUUUCCCAUAAUAUACCAAACAACUAAUAAUGAUAAUAGAUAAUGUUAUUUUUUCCCCUUCUUAUCUGUUUCCAUUCCGGUUUUAAGUUUAAACCCUUUAAUUAGCCUAGCCUGCUCCUUUUUUCUCGGGUUUAUAUAUAUUAGAAUUACAAGUAAAAAGAUACAGAUAGUAAUUCAACCGAGACAAUGGAUGAGAACUUCCCACCUUCAGAGCGCAACAAACCCAUCUUAGAUGAUGCUAAUGGAGUAGUGCGACUAGUGAGAGAACAACCACCUGAACACUGCAUUCUUAAAGUCAACUCAUUUUCUCUUCUUCAAAGAGUAGUCUCCAAAUCUACGAGAAAAAACUUUGAAUCAACAGAGUUUAAGGCAGGGGGGCAUACUUGGGUGUUGUCUGUGUAUCCCGAAGGAAACGAAGAAGAUGGAGUUGGUCAUCUCUCACUAUAUGUAGCUAUGGUUGACAAACUCAGCUCUGACACUUUCGUAAAUGUGACACUGCGGUUUUUCAUUUAUGAUCAAAUUAGGGAUAACUAUAUGAGUAUCCUAGGUUUGGGCUUGUCACUCAAUUUACAUUCAUGCUUCACCUUUGAAAUUUAUGUUACCUUUUCCAAAUUAUUACUCCAUUCGUUUCGAAAUAAUGGGAACGGUUUCCUUAAAUGGAUGUUUCAACAGUGUGUUUUAUUCUAAUUUUGGUAUAUGACUCAUCAUAUUUAAUGAAUUUAC